AUGUCAGAAGAAAUAGAGUCCGAGGAAUUUGUCAGGGACAAGAUCGGCAAAAUGCUUAUAGCCGGGUUCGAAGGUUAUGAGGUGACCCCCGAUUCUCAAGCUGAGCAGUUGAUCAGGUUACACCGGGUCCAUUCGUUUAUAUUGGGAUCCAAAAAUUUUGCCGAUGCCCAGCAGAUGAAGACAUUGAUCCAGUCUUUACAGGAUCUUGCCAGAAGUGAGCGAUAUGAUCACCCCCUUCUCAUGGCCGUCGAUCAAGAACUAGGGUGCUGUAACUCCAUGUAUGAUGAUGAAUGGCUUACGCAGUUUCCGGGAGCUAUGGGUAUGGCAGCCACGAAUGAUCUUGACCUUAUCUUCAAAAUUGGGGAGGCUGUGGGUCAGGAACUCAAGGCCAUUGGUUUCAGCCUAUAUAUGGGUCCUGUGUUGGACAUUGUUCCCAAAAUGGCGAGUCAACUCAUUGGCAUAAGAUCAUUUGGCUCCAGCGUCGAGGACGUGGAGAACUAUGCAGGUGCACUUGCCAGGGGCUUGAAAAAGGCUGGCAUAGCCACUUGUGCGAAGCAUUUUCCUGGUAUGGGAACAUCAUUUGUGGAUAAUCUAUUGGAAUUACCCAUGAUACUAGAAAACUUCCAACAACUAGAGAAUUUCAAUAUCUUGCCCUUUAAGCAUCUUAUGAGUGAAGGUUUGGUGGAUGCCGUUCAUGCCAGCGGUGUUGCAGUACCUAACAUUGCUCCUAAUGAAAUUCAUGCCUGUCUUUCACCUAAGAUUAUCAAUAAACUUCUCCGCGGUGAAUGCAAGUUUAAUGGAUUAGUUAUUUCUGAAUGCCUUGAGUUGGAGGCUUUAUGCCGUAGUAUUGGCCUUGGACAGGGAGCUGUAAUGUCCAUUUUAUAUGCUAGGUGCGAUAUGGCUAUGGUUUGCAACGAUUAUCUUUAUCAGAAGGAGGCAUUGAGCUCACUUAAAAAAGCAUACGAUUCCGGUGGCUACGAAUUGAUCUUUGCAGAGUCUUUGGGACGUAUUGAUAAAGUCUUGUCCAAGCUGGAGUGGACUCCAAGCAUAGUAAUGACUCCGGAAAUAUUGAAUAUACACAGAAAGCUCUCUGCCCGGGCUUACAAGGCAUCAGUUACACUCAUAAGGGAUAAUCAAGAGGCUUUACCCCUUAGUAGGCAUUUCAGUAAGAAACACGAGAAUAAAAUCCUUCUUUUGACUCCUCUAUUGUCAGAAAUUCAUCCUAAUGCCCAUCAUUGUCUGUCUAAAGAUGACGAUAGCAGUUUACAAAAGUUGCUGCCUGGUGAAACCGUGUUUCGAGAAUUUGGAGAAAGGCUUGGAAACUAUAGGAAGGACCUGAACUAUGAGGUGCUUCAUACUUCAUAUACUGCAAACGGAUUGACAAGUAUGCAUGAAUCUUUAAUAGCCCACUGUCAGGCAGUAAUCUUGGUGUGUGCUGAGGCAGCAAGGAACAUGUAUCAGAUUGGUGUUGCCAAACACGUGAGCCUUUUAUGCGGUGGAUAUAGGAAGCUCAAUGGAUUCAUGAAAAAGCCGUUGAUUAUAAUUGCGGCGACUACCCCUUACGAUUUCUUGUACCAUAAGGGCAUUGGGUCCACUUACUUGUGCACUUAUGAUUAUACAUGGAACGCUCUAAGCCAUGUGCCUGCGAUUCUUUUCGGAGACGUAAAACCGACGGGGAAAGUGCCUGGCAACUUAAAUCGGGUUGAAUAUGAGGCAGAUAGCAACGAAGAAGGUGGACCCAAAUUCCAGAGUGGAAACUCAAAUCGUGAUAAUAGUAAUACAAAUUCUCUUGGGAUGAUCUUGAAUGAUUCUCCUCUUACAAACUUGAUCUCCGAUGCCGAAGAUAGGAAGCAAGUGCUUUUUGCGAUGAAGGAAGGAGAUAAGUCUGAGGUGUCAUCUAUUGGCCGCUCAUCGCCGUCCCCGGUACUAGAGGCUAGUCAUCACCUGAGGAAGCGGAGGAAGUUGAAAAAGCCAUGGCUAGUCGAAGACUUUAAACUUGAAAGGGAUUUCACUAGUCUUGUACUUCUACUAAAAAACUCAGGUGGUUCCGAUCUGCAAGAGAAUAUUAAUCCAGAGAUACUGGAGACUCUUCGUCGUUUCCUACAGGAGAAUAACGGUGAACGAGGGCAUCAUUUCGUGGUGAGAAAUUCCACUAUCAACAUUCUGCACGGUGCCAUCUUUACAUGGUUAGAUAGAGACGGUAUGAACGGCAGAAUAUUGUUUGUUCUUGUUGACAAAGCCAAGAGAAAGCAAUCAAUAGCUGAGGCUCUACAUGAGCAUGCUAUCAAAUAUCUCACCAUCUUAAAGGGUUGCAAGACGAUAACCUUGGGAUCAACUUUUCCAUUGUUUAACUUCUUUAGUGGGUUGCUCUGCAAGGAAAUUGCUGAGAACUGGGGUUCCGCAUAUUCUCCACAGACAGGAAAGACUAAGCUAAGCAAUUCUAGUUUACAAAUACUCAACUUUUGUAGGUCUACUGGCUGGUUCACUAGCCGAUAUCCGGUCAGCAGAGUGCUACCAGCUAGAAAAUGUAUUCUUUUGUUAAACCUGGACAAAUGGAUGCUCUCUGAGAAGUUGGUGAAGCAAUUGAAAGUAUUAGGUAUCCGGUUUGAAAUCGCCAAAGACUACGAGGAGAUUAUAGAACUCAUCAAGAGAAAGAGUUUUAAAAUCAGCGAUGACGAAGCUCAUUUUGCUGAAUUGUAUACGGCAGCAGCCGAUUAUAUAGCACAAGAAGGGUUGAAGCAACUGAAGAACACAAUCAUCUUCAAAAUGAUAGAUGUGAACACUAAGGCAUUGAUAGGUUCAGUCAUAUUGUACAAUACAAAUUCCAUGUUGGCCGAUUGGUAUCCUUAUGUGAAGACGAUUAGUAAGGGGAAAGUCAAUCCGAUGAGCUGUCUUACGGGGGUAUUUGUGGAUUCAAGUUACGAGACGCUCAAACCGGUGAUGAAACUUGGUUUGAUAUGCACAGGUGUCUCAUUUGUGAAGCAGUUCCGCAUGCAAACGGUAAUGUUGGAUAAUUGCGAAAAGAGCGAGAUAGGGGAAUUGAUUGAUAGUGGAUUUGAGCUAUAUUCGGAAUAUCUUUCGUUAUUGGGCAUCAAGAUGAGUUACGAAUGGAUUGUGAAGCUCGAACUAUACAACUCAUCAAUCGAGGCAUCCAAUGCCGUCGGCGAUUCGAUUGCAGCAAAGAUUAAUGCCUUUCAUCCAACAGAUUCAAAACCGUUUGUUCUUGGUCUUCCUACAGGAUCUUCUCCUUUGAAAGUGUAUGCCAGAUUGAUUGAACUAUACCAACAAGGUAUUGUGGACUUCAGCAACGUUGUUAGUUUCAACAUGGAUGAGUACUACAAUCUUCCCCCUACAAAUCCGCAAUCUUAUCAUUACUUCAUGUACUCGAACUUUUUUGAUCACGUGAAUUUCAAACGUGGGAACAUCAAUAUCUUGAACGGAAUGGUGGAGAACUGGCAGGAAGAGUGUCGAAGAUAUGAGGCUAAGAUCAAAUCGUACGGGAAGAUAAACUUUUUCUUGGGUGGAAUGGGACCCGAGGGACAUCUGGCAUUUAAUGAAGCAGGAUCUACCAGAGAAUCAAUCACAAGACGGAUCUUUCUUGUUGAUUCUACUGUUAGGGCCAACUCUAGAUUCUUUGGAGGAGAGUCAGAGAAGGUUCCAAAAUCGGCUCUUAGUGUGGGAAUCUCCACCAUUUUAGAUAACUCGGAUGAGGUUUGUAUUGUGGUUUUUGGUAAAGCAAAGAAUUGGGCUUUACUCCAAACGCUUACAAAAAAGCCUACGUCAGUGAUCCCAAGCACUUUCUUAAAGACUCAUCAUAACACUACCAUAGUGGCAGAUUACGAAGCCAUUGAGGGAGGAAAUUGUUCUAAGAUUUGA